UUAUUAUAAAUAAUAUAAUAAUGUCAAAAAAAUAUAUUAAAAUGGAUAAAAUAGUAAAAACAAUUGUUCAACAUAGUGAUAAUGAUAAAAAAGAAUUUUCAGAUGCACUAAAUUGGUGUGUACAAGAAUUAAAAAUAAAUAAUUAUUAUGACAGUGAUGUUAAUAGUGAAACAAUAUCAUGGGAAUCAAAAACACUUGGUGAAGAAAUAUAUUUAUCAAUAAUUGAAAUAUUACGUAAAAAGCCAUUAUUUGAUGGUGAUUGGGUACUUGAUACACCUGAUAAUACAAAUUGUGAAAUAAUUAAUAUUGAUGACAAUAAUUAUGAUGCUACUCUAAAUUCUCAUCAACGAAUUACUAAUAAAAAUACAGAUGUCGUGAUUGGCGUUGAUCGUAAAUCUGACAAUAAUAAACAUUGUAAAUUAAUUCGCGUUAAUAAUAAUAAUAAUAAAAAUAAUGAUGAUGAUGAUAAUGAUAAAAUUAAACAAAAUAAUAUUAUUAAAAUUAAUCAAAAAAAAAUUGUUUCAAUUGAGAGUAUUGAGACUGAUUUUAUGAAAAAUAAAAAAUCUCAAAUUAAUAAUAAUAGAGUACCAAUUGUUGUUGUUGAAAAAAUAAAUAAUGAUAUUAUUAAAUCAUCAAUUAAUAAUGAUUCUAAAAAAAAAAUAAUAAGUACUGUAACAUUGGAUAAUGAUGAAAUAAUAAAAUCACCAGGUGAUACUAUUAAUGCUGAUGAUGAUGUUGAAGAAUUUGAUCCAGUUGGUGGUGAUGAUGAUUUGAGUAUUGAUCAAGAUAGUACACAUGAAGAUGAUAAUGAUAAACUUGAUGUUCAAGUUAUUGAAAAUAAUGAUGAUGAUAAAAAAUUAUUUAUUAUUCCUUGUAAUAAUAAAUUAAAAAAAGAUAAUAUUAUUAAAUUUAUUGAACAAAUUCAUGUUGAUGAUUUGGAGACUGAUUUUUCACAUAAUAGAACAUGUGAAAUUGUAUCACAAGCUCCAAGACCAGAAUCACCAAUGUCAACUUGUUCAAUAUCUGAAUUUGAGCCAAUUGAUGAUGACGAUGAUGAUGACGAUGACAACGAUGAUGAUGAUGAGGAUGAUGAGGAGGAGGAUGAUUGCAGUGAUGAAAGUUCUAGUGAUAAAAGUUACAAAAAUGAUAAUAAUAAAAAUUUGAGUAAUAUGGAUAUUGUUGAAAAUGAAAUAUUUGAAAAUAAAAAAACAAAUAAACAAGAUAAUAAUAUUAAUAAAUUAUCAAAUAACAUAUUGAUUAAUCAAAAUAUUAUUUUAGAUAAAAAUAAAUCAUUAUCAAAUAAUAAUACUAAAAUCAAUUUGACUGAAAAUAAAAUUAAAAAUAAUCAUAAUACAAUUAAAAAUAAUACAAAUAAUAAUCAUUCAACAUUAAUGAUUAAUGAUAGACCUAAAUCAAUACCAAACUUAAUUAGUGAUGAAAUUUUACCAAACAAAAUUAAAGUUAUUAGACUACCUCCAGAUAGUAAAAGUGAAAAUAAUAAAAAUGAAAUAAUUCAUAAUAUAAAUAGUAAUAAAAAAAUUAAUGAAUCUGAAAAUAAAAUAAAUAAUGGACUUCAACAACUUAUGAAUAAAUUAUUAAUGGCUAAAAAUUCUGCAAUUGAUAAAAAAAUUCAUAUUAAUACAGAUAAUGUUGAAAAAUAUGAGGCUGAAAUAUUAAAACAUUGUGCACAAAAUAAUACUCAUUCAAUUGUUGAAAAAAAAUUACUAACAAAUGACAUUGUUAAUGAUAAAUUUAAGACUGUUAUUUUAAAUGAUGAAUCAAAUAAAAUAAAUAAUAAUAUACCAUUAUUAUCAUCAUCAUCAUCGAGUGAAGAAAAAAUUGAAGAAUUUGAAUCAAUUAUUGUAAAUACUGUUGAUUUGAUUAAUGAGGAUGAGCCAAUGUUAAUUGAUGAUAAUCAAAUUGAUAGUAUUGAGACUGUAUGCCUAGAUAAUGAUGAUAUAAUUGAAAAUAAAAAUUCAACAUCUUUAACAGCUGAUGUUAUUGAUAAUGAAGAAUUUGAAACUGAAUAUUUAACAAAUGAUGAUGUUAAUUCUGUUAAAAAUUCAUGUGUCAUCAAUGAAUUGAAUGACGUUGAAAAUGAUAAUUUAAAUAAAAUAGAUACUGAUAAUAAUUUGCAAUCUAGCAAUAUUAUUAAUGAAAAAAAACAAGAUAAAAUAAAUGUACUUGAUGAACAAAUACAAAAUUUGGAAGAUGAAAUAACAGUUUGUCAUAAUACAACAAUUGAUAAUAAUUUACAAGCUGAAAAAAAUAAACAAAAAAUAUUAAAUGGUAAAUCAUCAAGUCAUGUUGAUAAUGAAGACAUUGAAGAAUUUGAUCCUGAUCUAGGUAGUGAUGUAGAUAAUAUUGAAAAUAAAAUCAUUGAAACAGAAUCUGUGCUUGAAACAAAAAAAGAUGAAAUAAUUGUCAGUACAAAUAAUCAACUACUUGAAAAUGUUGAUGAAGAAAAAACAGUUAUAUUUGAUAAUAAAAUACCUGAUGAUUGUUUAAAUGUUAUUAACCAAAAUAUAGCUUUUGAUAGUAUUGAAAAAUUGUAGAAGUUGAAACACAAAUUUCAAAUGACAACGAUAUAAUUGUAAGUAAAAAUAAGUCACUAGUUGAACAAGUAGAAGAAGAGCAAAUAAUAGAACCAGUACAACAACAACAUCAACUAACUAAUAAUAUUGAAACACAAAUUAUUGAUCAACAUCAAGAAGAACCAGUACAACAACAACAACAACAACUAAUUAAUAAUAUCGAAACACAAAUUAUUGAUCAACAACAAAUGAUUGUUGGUCAAGAUUUACCAAUGAUUUGUGCUAAAGAAGAAGUAGUUAGUUUUAGAAAUAAUUGUAUAACUAAAAAUGAUGAUUAUGAUAAACCAAUAAAUCAAGUUAUACAUAAUAAUACAGAAUUAAUAAUUACUAAAAAUGAUAUUCAUCAAUUUGAAACAUUUGGUGAUAGAAUUACAAUUGGUAGUGAUAUUAUUAUUGAAGAUAUAUCAUCAAAUAAUACAUCUGUUUUAUUAAAGCCACAUGCAGGAAAAAAUUGGAAUAUUGAUAACGAUGUUCCACUUGAUUGUACAAAAAAAGAUAAAGCAAAUUGUGACGAUGAACAAAUACCAAUAACAAAUGUUAUACCAUCAAUAAUUUAUCAACAAGAUAAAAUAAUAUCAUUAAAUUCAACUCAACAACCAAUUCAACAGUCUGUUAUUGAUUCGGUGUUUGACAGUGAUCAUGCAUAUCCAACACAAGAAGCUACAAUGAUUCAUGGUAAUGAAUCACUUGAUUUACAAAUUGGCAGUCAACAUGUUAUUCAAGCAUUACAAAAUGGUAUUGGAGAACAAUAUUGUUCAAAUUUAACUGAUGAAAAUUCACAAAUAAAUCAAGAAGAGGAGCAGCCUGUAUUUGCUGAUAAAGUAUUUAAUGAUCAAAGAUAUUUUAUACAGCCAAUAUUUGAUCCAAUAUCAGGAAGUAAUUUAGUAUUAAAUCAGUGUCCAGUACCAACAACACAAAUAUCACUUGAUGGUAAUGAAGAGCAUGGUCUUGCUUGGAAUCAAAGAGGAAAAAAAAGAAAAUCAAUGGAAGAUAUUGAUGAAGAUGAGGAUGAGGGAGAAGAUGAAGAUGAAGUAGGUGUUGCUGAACAAAGUGUUUCAAUGAAUUCUCCUCAUUCAUCUAGAUCAAUGUUUACAAAUGAUAAUCAAUAUACACCAUAUGAAGAAGAAAAAGAAGAAGAUGAUAAUGAAUAUCAUCCACCAGCUCGUAGAAGACGUCUAAAUCAAGAUCCAGAUAUUGAUAAUGAUGAAGAAGAAUAUGAAGAUAAUAAUGAUAAUGGAAAUAAAAGAAUAUCUAGAGAUGGAAAAAAACCACGUCAAAUGAUUCCAUAUGAAUAUAAAUUAAAAGUACUUGAAUUAAAAAGAAAAUAUCCAGAUAUUUCAUUGCAAAGACUUAAAGAAUUAUCAGGUUGUAGUAAAUUUUUACGAUGUAAUAGUCAAUUACGUUCAUGGGCAAAACAAUUGAGUCAUAUUAAAAAAGAAUGUCAUAUUAGAGGAGAAAUUAAUGAUUAUGUUUAUUCAAGAUUCAUUAAUACACAAAAUAGUUGUGGUAAAAUAACAGAUGAUUCAGUUAAAGCUUGGUGUGAUGAAGCACUUAAAAAAAUACCAUGUAAAACAAUUAAAGCUAAUGAUGAGUGGCUUGAAAGUUUUAAAAUUGAUUAUAAAAUAUCAAAAUUUUUAUCUGGUCAAUUAGUUAUUUAUCCAGAUACAUCAAACAGAGAAAAUAAUACAAAUAAUUAUUUACAAUUAAAUCAUAGUAAUGAAUAUGAUGGUAAUGAAGAUGACAAUGAUGAUAAUGAUGAUAAUGAUGAAAAUGAUGAAAAUGAUGAUGACGCUGAUGACGCUGAUGAUGAUGCUAUGGAUACUGAGCAUGAAAAAAUUCAUGUAAAUAGCAUUGACAAUCAAAAUGUUAUUAUUGCUGAAGAGAAUCAUAAUGUUGACAUGGAAAUUGAUGAUAAUAAUGAGAAAAUAAUUGAAAAUGAUAAUGACAUAAAUAUUGGUGAUAAAACAAAUGAUAAUUACAAUAUCAAUAAUCAUAUUGAAGAUAAUGAAAAUAUAACAACAUCAGCAGUUGAAUUAUAUAAUCCAAUAAAUAAUAAAAAAACAAAAAAAUCAUAUAAAAAAAUUAAAAAUAAUAAAAAAGUUGAAAUGAGUAGAUCUAAACGUGUAGUAUUAACAGAUGAAGAAAAAAUUGUUAUUAUUAAAAUUCAUUAUAAAAAUCCAACUUGGACUCUUAGUCAAUUACGUGAAGCAACAUUUUCAAGAUUGAAAGGUGCUUCACAAAUAAAACAUUGGGAACAUGUACUAAGAACAAAAGGUGCAUUUAAUGAUGAUAUGAUAAAUACAAAUAAUAACAAUGAUACUAUAACAUUACAAAAAUUAAUUGAAGUUAAUGGAAGACAACGUAGAGAUAAAAUGGUUAAAACUGGAAUUAAAAAACGUAAUGAUAAUAAUAAUAAACAAAUUAAAAUAAAUAAUAAAAAAAAACAAUUAAAAAUUCGUAAAUUUUCAAAAAAAAAAACAAAUGAUAAACAAAUUAAAUUAAAUAAAAAACAACGUGGUGAAUCACAUUUAAGAAUUGCUAAUAAAAAAAGAAAUUUUAGAAAAGAUAUUAUAUUACGUACAACAAGAAAUGGAGAUAAAUAUAAAUUAACUGCUGAUGAUAAUAAACAAAAUUUAAAUAAUAACACCAACAUCAACAUCAUCAACAACAACAACAAUAACAUCAAUAAUAAUAACAGUAAUAAAGUUAAAAAAAAUUCUAAAAAAACAGUUAGAUUUGAUAUUAACAAAGAUGAUAAUACAGAUGAGAAUAUUAAAAAUUUAGUUGAUAAUUGGGUUUAUGCAAAAUGUAUUGAGCUAAAAAAUGAGAAUAGAAAAUUAAGAAAUAAUAUACUAACAAAAUGGGCAAUUAUUGCAAAUGAUAAAUUUAAUGAAGGUGGUGAUUAUGGUGGUGAUAAACCAUGGCGUGAAGCUUUUAAGAAAAAAUAUAAUUUAACCGGUGCCUAUGAUAAUUUACAACUUGGUAAUGAAAAUUUAUUACAAGUAACUGAUGAAACAAAUGAAAACAAUGAGAAUAAUGACAAUGAUAUUGAUGAUAAUGGUAAUAUCAAUGAUAAUGUUGAUGAUUAUGAUAAUAAUGAAGACGAUGAUAAUGAACAUGAAGCUAAUAACGAUGAUGAAGAUGAUGAUGAGGCUGAGGAUGAAGAAGAGGAGGAGGAUGAUGACGUCAACGACAACGACGACGAUGGUGAUGAUGAUGAUAAUGAUGAUAAUGAUGAUGAUAAUAAUGAAGAUGAAGAUGAAGAGGAAGAUGAUACAGUCAGAAAUGAUGAUGAAGAUAAUUUUAAUCAUGAUCAUCAUAAUAUCUCGCCCACAAUGAAAUCAGAUGAUCAAGAUGACUACACACCAGAAAGUUUAAAAAAUAUUUUAAAUUUAAAUGAUAGCAAAGUUAAAAUAGUCAGUGUAGAAAAAAUGGUGGGUCCAACAAUAUCAGGGGCAAUUUAUAAUCCAGCAAAUGGACAAAUUAAAUGGAGACUCGAUACUCCAUGAUUUAAAAAAUAUUAUUCAUACAUUGUCUCAUCACUUGGACUAUGAAAAAAAAUAAUAAUUAUAAAUCAUA